GCGUGGAAGGCGGUGGGAAGGCAUUUAGAAGCAACUGGCGGUAAAAUUGGGAGACUGCCACCAGUUGCGUCCCGAAAAAUCGACGGGAUUCAUCUCGGGAGCGUACGGGUGCAUUACGCGUCUACCAAGUGCUCGCUACCAAAUCGCUUAGAAUUUAUUUUUUUAUCAAGGAGUAAUACUGAUAUACUGUUUGGUCUAUUUUGGAGAACGUUAUAUUCGGUAACUAAUAUGUGGUUGUAUGGAUAUUAUAAUGUGUUUUGCAUUUUAACUGACAAAGAAACAAUUAUUUUAAUUAUAUUUGGUGACGUAAGAUACAGAUACGCGAAUAUAGGUUUAUCUAUUAGUAAUAGUGAGGAGACGAAGCCUAGAAAAUUCCUCUACUAAUAAUACGUGAAUCAGUCGUCGUGUAUUGUUGUUCAAUGACUUUGAAAAUACUAUUUUUUAAACUACUGCGAGAAGUGCCGUGCUUGCUGUCUAGGUGACGGUCGGUAUUGUUUCUGUGUCAAAAACAAAGGUAAAACAGUGGAAAACAGACAAAAUAUAGUGGAAAAUGUGCAAUUGUUGUGGAUGCAAGAGCGUCGCUCCGAUCGUUAGCCCCAUCAAUUUGAGCAACCAAUCGGAUGUGUACAAUUACAAGGGUCCAGACGUUAUUAGAGUAUCUAGGUUCUUCAAAGAAGCAAAGGAGGGAAAAUUUAUCAGUUACAUCUAUCCCGACGCUAAAACGUUAUACGAGAGCUUCAGGAGAGGCUCAAAAGUAUCAAAUAAUGGCCCGGCACUAGGAUGGCGCGAGUCGUACUCAAAGCCGUACCAAUGGUUGAGCUUCAACGAGGCGCUAUUGAGGGCCCGCAACUUCGGCAGUGGCCUUGUGGCCAACGGCUUGACCCCAGGCUCAACGACCAUGCUGGGCAUCUACAGUCAGAACUGCCCAGAAUGGAUUCUGUCAGAACAGGCGGCCUAUUGCUAUAGCAUGGUAUUGGUACCACUCUACGACACCUUGGGACCGGACGCGUGUGCCUUCAUCAUCAAACAAGCUGAAAUCACGACAGUUGUUUGUGAAGAUGAUGCAAAGUGCAACAUGCUGUUGGAAAAAUCGCCUAGGUGUUUGAAAAAAAUGAUUGUGAUCAAAGACAUUCGCCCUGCGACUAAACAGCGAGCGAAGAACCGAGGAGUUGAGGUGAUCAAGUUCACAGACGUUGAAGUUAUGGGUGCUAAGUCAAAUAAUCCUGAAGUUCCUCCAAAACCGACAGAUUUGGCUACAAUCUGCUACACGAGCGGAACUACGGGGAACCCCAAGGGAGUGAUGCUGACCCACGAGAAUAUAGUGGCCUCUAUGAGUGCCGUCGUACUGCAGUUCGGUGAUCACACCCUUAGAAGUACCGACACGAUGAUCUCUUUCUUACCUUUGGCGCAUAUGCUGGAGCGGUGUUGUGAGAAUGCGAUGUAUAUGGUUGGAGGUGCUGUGGGCUUCUACCUAGGAGACAUAAGGAGGCUUUCAGAUGACAUGAAAGCUUUGAAACCCACUAUAACUCCUGCAGUUCCAAGACUGCUAAACAGAAUCUACGACAAAGUCCAAUCUGACAUUGGCAAUAGCUGCGUUAAGAAGAUGUUAUUCAAUAUGGCUUUUAGUGCUAAGGAAAAGGAACUGAAAAGGGGUAUUGUAAGAAAAAAUAGUUUUUGGGACAUGCUUGUGUUCAGGAAAGUACAAGAAGGCAUGGGUGGAAAUCUUAGGUUAAUGUUGGUAGGAUCCGCACCUUUAGCAGAAAAUGUGCUGACCUUCAUAAGAUGUGCCUUAGGAUGUGUGGUGGUGGAAGGAUAUGGCCAGACUGAAUGUACCGCUCCAAUAUCUCUGACCAUACAAGCAGAUCACACGCCGGGCCAUGUUGGCCCCCCAGUGGCCUGUUGUUGUAUCAAACUAGCAGACGUACCUGAAAUGGAAUAUUGGUCCAAGAAUGGCCAAGGAGAGGUGUGCGUGAAGGGUACGAAUGUGUUCCAAGGUUACUACAAAGACCCCCAGAAGACCGAGGAGGUGAUAGAUGAGAUGGGAUGGCACCAUACGGGUGAUGUGGGCACGUGGCUACCUAAUGGCACCUUGAAAAUUAUAGACCGAAGAAAGCACAUUUUCAAAUUAUCUCAAGGAGAGUACAUAGUACCAGAGAAGAUAGAAAACCUCUACAUCCGUUCACAAUAUGUUAGCCAAGUUUUCGUUCACGGUGAAUCUCUAAAGUCGUGCAUCGUAGCGAUAGUAGUUCCUGACGUAGAUGUGAUAAAAUGCUGGGCUCAAGAGAAUGGUAUUCCAGGAACGUUUAGCGUCCUUUGCAACAAUUCAGAAGUCAAGCAACUGAUUUUGGACGACAUGAUUGCUUGGGGGAAGGAAGCCGGACUCAAAUCAUUCGAACAGGUAAAAGACAUUUACCUGCACCCAGACAAUUUUAGCAUACAAAAUGGUCUAUUGACACCGACAAUGAAGUCAAAACGACCUGAGUUACGAGCCUACUUUAAGCCACAACUUGACGACAUGUACACCAGGCUGACAUAGGGAUCACAGCCACUCCAAAACUUUUUUCCGCUAUAACAGGACAUUUAGGCUGUCCCACUUAUGCACCACUUCUCGUUUUGAUAAAAAAUGCAAAUAGAAUUCUACGUGGCAGGUUACGAAUUUUGAGCUCCACUAUACGAUGACUUUUUUGAGCAUGCUAGGUCAGACUCCAGCAUAGUUCUUCGAUGCGUACAGCCAAAAUCUGGUUCCUAAGUCAUCGAGAAUUUGAUAGAAAAUCGGUUGCACCACUUUUUGAAAAACUCCUCGUUUAUCCACUACAUGUUCUUGAAGAUAGACAAAACAACAGAAGCGCAAAAGAAAUCUAAGAAUUUUGUAAAUAUAAAAAAAUGUUCGUUCUUGUAUAUUGAGUAAAUCUAGAGCAUUUUGGAAAUAUAGAAAUUGUUUAACGAAAUGAAUUCAUAACCUGUCGUAAGAAAUCAAUAUAAGAAGAGUUAUCCAAAGAUUUCUUCGAUAACUCUAGAGCAAUACCUAAUUUUAUCAAUAUAUUAAGAUAUGACGAUACAACAUAAUUGUUCUUCAGAACAUUGAUUCUUUGUUUUUUCGUUAUUUUGGUGAGAAAAAAAAUUAUUUAUAAAAUUGUUCUUGUGUGAAACACCGUCAAUUUUCGAGGCUCUAUUUUUCAUCUGAUUUUUGUGUUUCCUUUUUUUCAUAUAUAGAAUGUUGACGUUGUCAAUGGUAGAGUGUUAAUAUAAAUACAUGUAAAAAAGGCAGAAGCGUCAAUACUUAUGUAGUGUGUGUAAUGUCAAACGUUUUCACAUACGCACGCUAUCUAUUAUAUAUCCAAGAAGAUACCGCAAAAAUCGCAUGAGAAAAUGUCACGAUUUUCAAAUAGGAAUUUCAAAUAUCCUUUCCAAAUACUCGCUUUUUUGUUUCCAGUAAGUAAUAUAUCUUCGAAAAAAGAAUGCUUGUAGAUCACAUAUGGAUUUGGACUUGUUGAAAAAUGUCCUUUUAGAAUUUUCCAAUAUUUUUAAACAAAUUAAUGAGAUGUAGAUAAUGUCUAGAACUUUGUAAAUAUAGUGCCAUUUUUUAAAAUCUCAAAAGUUAGACUGGACACUCCAGGCGCCGCGUCACGCGAUAAUGUACUUUCCGAAGUUGAGAUGUUUUUUUUUUGUAAAUGCAACUUUUUUAUAUACUGUCUUUAUUUUUAAUUUUGUUUCCACUUAAAUUUAGGACUAGCCACCUUAAAAUAAUCCACAUGCAGUUUACCUUACCGUUGAUUCUGAGUAGAUACGUAACGAACGCGAGAGCGGCAACACUGUCCAGCGACAUUGCCAAGUUAGGGAUUUUACGUGGACAAUGUAGAACAUUUGAAUUCCAGUGUUACCUUUAGCUGUUCAGAAUUGAUGGCAACAACUUGCGUGGUUUUUAUCGUACGCAAAUUACUGUACAAUUUGAAUUUUCCUGCGAUGUUGAAGAUAGGCUAUUACAUUAAUUUCGUUAUUAGGACGUUUCACUAUUGAAUCGGGUAGCAUCUUUGUUGAUACUACGAAUGCGUAUUUUUCAGUCAAGUUUAGGUUUGUGCAGAAAAGGUUCACCACUAAACUUUUAUUAGUAUAUUAUUUACUAAGUAAUACUUUGAAACACAGAAUUGAUACUGUGAUCUUAUAACAAAUAACAGAGGUGGAAAGGUUAUCGACAAUACUUCUCAUUUUUCUUUAGUUUGUCUUGAAAUUAUUCUGAUAUUGUAUUUCUCAAGAUUAUAUACAUUUAUUGGAAUUACAAAAAAUAUUUGUUGCGUAAAUGUGCAACUUUGAAAAAAUUUAACUGGCUACGUGUAUUAGUAAAAUUAUAAAAUUAGAAGUACAAACACACCGCCUUUGUUAGCAAUAAGACUUCAAAUACAUUUUAAGUACACACGUUCAGCUUUUCUGCAUGACAUUGAAAUGAAUUAUGAAAUCAAACUCUUGCCUUAGUUUUAUGUACUGAGUUAUGUAGGUAUUUUAUUUUUUCUCCAAUCGUUCAUUUGUGUAAUUUGUUAUAUAUACGUAUAUUUAUUAUAUUGUACUUAGUUGAAGUUGUAAGACUUACCGACAGUUUAAUAAAUAUUGAAAGAG